AUGUCGAGGCCGACGACUAAAAAGCUAAAAGUCAAGGCUGUUGCACCAAAAUUGAAACUGUUUCGAGCAAAUGAACCCCUCCUCAGUGUUUUUAUGUGGGGUAUAAACCACACUAUAAAUGAAUUGGAUCAUGUGAAUCAAAAAGUCAUGUUGAUGCCAGAUGAUUUUAAGUCAUAUAGUAAAAUCAGAGUUGAUAAUCAUAUGUUUAAUAAAGAUAUUAUGCCAAGUCAUUUUAAAGUGAAAGAGUAUUGUCCCCUGGUUUUUAAGAAUUUAAGAGAAAGAUUUGGUAUAGAUGACAUAGAAUAUAUGGGUUCAACAGUUGAUCGUCAAGCCAAUGAUAAAGAAAAGAUGAAAAGUUUACCUACAUUCAAAGACAAUGAUUUUGUUAAUGAUGGGUUAAAGAUACAUGUUGGAGAAGAGGCCAAAGAGAAGAUCAUGGCAAUAAUACAGAAAGAUACGGAGUUUUUGGCAGGCCUCCAUCUAAUGGACUAUAGUUUGAUAGUUGAUAUUGAAGAAGAAGAUGAAGAAGGAGAAGAAAUGACAGAUGGAUAUGGUUUUUCUAUCACCCCACCUGAUAGCCCACAGCCAAUUACUCCUCUACCAUUUAAUGGAGAACUGGAUCCAAAAUUAGAAAAAUAUGCAUAUAGGUGUUCUGAUGCCUGUCCCAGAAGAGAAGUGUAUUUUAUGGCAAUGAUAGAUAUUUUAACCAAAUAUGGUAUGAAGAAAAGAACGGCACAAGCAGCUAAAACAGUCAAACAUGGUGCUGGCGCCGAAAUUUCCACAGUUAAACCUGAACAAUAUGCUAAACGGUUCUUAGAUUUCUUAGAUAAAUAUAUUGAGUGA